CCAGCUCAUACCGCCACAUUUCGCCUGGAAACGUACCGCAAGCUAGACUCACCACUGUCAUCUGAUUUUCAGGCCAAAAAACUGUCCAAAUACCUUUGGAAUAGUGCAGAAAACGAGCCCCACAACCAGGCGAUCCGAUUGCAAUAUAACAUUGAAAGACUACCGUUUUUCCAACCAGCAACAGUUUUCCCAUAGUUCAUCAUGCCUACAGCCCAGCCCAAGGGAGGCAAGCAGAAGCUUGCUCCCGAAAAAGAGAGAUUUCUUCAGUGUUGUGGAGACAUUUCUCUCGAACUUGUGGCAUCUUUAAAGACCUCCAAAGACAUCAACCUUAACGGACUCAUCAUCAGAUACGCAAAGAAGUACAAGCUCAAGCAGCAGCCCCGGUUGACAGACAUCAUCUCGUCCAUUCCCGAUCAGUACAAGAAGUAUCUCAUUCCCAAGCUUAAGGCAAAGCCAGUCAGAACCGCAUCAGGUAUUGCUGUGGUUGCAGUGAUGUGCAAGCCACACAGAUGUCCUCAUAUUGCAUACACCGGUAAUAUUUGUGUCUACUGUCCUGGUGGCCCUGACUCCGAUUUCGAGUACUCCACCCAGUCAUAUACUGGGUACGAACCCACAUCCAUGAGAGCUAUCAGAGCCAGAUAUGAUCCCUACGAACAGUCCAGAGGCAGAAUUGAGCAAUUGAGACAGUUGGGACACUCCAUCGACAAGGUGGAAUAUAUCAUUAUGGGUGGAACGUUCAUGUCGUUGCCAAUCGACUACAGAGAAGAGUUCAUCACCCAGCUUCACAAUGCAUUAAGUGGGUACAACGGACGAGAUAUCGACGAGGCUAUCCGGUUCUCCCAGCAGUCCCAAACCAAGUGUGUUGGUAUCACCAUCGAAACGAGACCCGAUUACUGUACCGAAACCCACUUGAGUGAUAUGUUGAAGUACGGUUGCACCAGGUUGGAAAUCGGGGUGCAGUCUGUGUACGAGGACGUCGCUAGAGAUACCAACAGAGGCCACACCGUUAAGGCUGUGUGUGAGACCUUCGCUGUGGCUAAGGAUGCUGGAUACAAAGUGGUUUCGCACAUGAUGCCGGACUUGCCCAAUGUUGGCAUGGAAAGAGACUUGGAGCAGUUCAAGGAAUACUUCGACAAUCCCGACUUCAGAACCGACGGUUUGAAGUUGUACCCCACAUUGGUGAUUCGAGGCACAGGUUUGUACGAAUUAUGGAAGAAGGGGCUUUACAAGUCAUACAACGCCAAUGCGUUGAUCGAUCUCGUGGCCCGUAUCUUGGCGUUGGUGCCACCAUGGACCAGAAUUUACCGUGUUCAAAGAGAUAUCCCCAUGCCGUUGGUCACUUCGGGUGUCGAGAACGGUAACUUGAGAGAGCUUGCAUUGGCCAGAAUGAAGGAUUUCGGAACCUCCUGUAGAGAUGUGCGUACCAGAGAAGUCGGCAUCCAAGAGGUCCACAACAAGGUCAUUCCCGACCAGAUCGAAUUGAUCAGAAGAGACUACUAUGCCAAUGGUGGUUGGGAGACCUUCUUGUCGUACGAAGACCCCAAGCAAGAUAUUUUGAUUGGGUUGUUGAGAUUGAGAAAGGCCUCCAAGAAAUACACCUACAGAAAAGAGUUCAAGGACCAGCCAACCUCUAUCGUGAGAGAAUUGCAUGUGUACGGGUCAGUGGUUCCCUUGCAUUCCAGAGACCCCAGAAAGUUCCAGCAUCAAGGCUUUGGUACUUUGUUGAUGGAAGAAGCUGCCAGAAUCGCUAAGGAAGAGCACGGCUCCAGCAAGAUCAGUGUUAUAUCUGGUGUUGGUGUCAGAAAUUACUAUGCCAAGUUGGGCUACUUUUUGGAUGGUCCUUUCAUGUCCAGAAUGUUGGACGAUGACGAGUAAGCCGUCAUGGAUUGUAUUUAGGUAUUAUUUAGUGAUACUAAUUAACGGUAUUGAAGAAUAGAAUAACAGUAUACUUAUAUUUACGAAUAUUGAACAUUGGC